AUGCAAAUACGAGGAGGAAGAAAACGAAAGCUGUCACAAUCAUCCAACAGCAGAAGCAGCAGCAGCAUUAAUAUUGUCCAAACAAAUGUCAUACGAGGAGGAAAAGUCUUGUUGGGAUUUGGUGUUUGUCUGUUGAUCUGGUCCUCUUUUAUGGAUGAUGAGCAAAAUAAUUAUUAUGCCAUCGACUAUCACUAUCCAAGUCUCUCCUCCACGACGACUUUUUCUCACUCACCACCAGAACCGCCAAAUAAUACACCACGAAAAGAAUGGAGAACCAAAUUGAUAUUUGAUUUUGCUCUGGGACCUGCUGUGGAAAAGGCAAAGUACUUUGGAUUUGCCAAUCGGGAAUCCCAUCAGGGUCACAAUCGAUCCGAUUGGGAUCUGUUGGCAGUACCAACAUGUGACGCCAAUGGAGAAGAUGCCGUCUUGUCCGAAUUGGAAAUUUACCAGCGCAAGCUGCCCACCGCCAUUUUGUUGGGGGUCCAAAAGGGAGGAACCACGGCCCUGUCCAAAUAUUUAUUCCAGCAUGAUGACAUUGAACGAUCCGAAAAGGAACUCUAUGUAUUGGACGAAGCCAUGGAUUAUCACUUGUUUCAGGAAGCACGUGCCGGCAAUGUUGCCGCAAUAAAACUGCCACGGAAACGAGGUCGAGAUCUAUACAGUCAAAUGACAAUGGGGAUCACGCAAAAGAUAAAGAGACGAUCCACUAGAGAACAACAGCUCGGUCUUGUUCGUGGUGACAGUGAGAAAAGAGCAGUAGACGUUAUUCCUACAGAGGAAGAGACACGGAAACGACGACUAGAAAUGAGAAAACGAUUCGUCAGCAAGCAUGGACGGGUCAACAAGGGCCAACGGCAUAUCCAGCGGAAUCCGGGCGGUCCUCCUCGACGACAGCUGUUGGAAGAAGGAGGAGAAGAAGAAGAAGAAAAUACUGAUAGACCAGAACGUAGUCCCCGUGGUGUUGAUGAUGAUGGUUCGGAGAAUAAUGCAGGUAGUCGUAAAGAGGCACAGCAACAACAACAGCAACAGUCAAAUACUCCUCCUCGCAAGGCAUCCAUCGAGGCGGUGAUACCAAGCUGGGAUCCAGAUGAAAAGAUGAAGCGUUACUUUGCAAGACGAAAGAUGGCCUAUCAACAGAACCCACACAAAAAGAUGGUGCUGGACAUGACUCCCAAUUACAUGAUGCACAGUGAUCGAGUUCCAGCCCGCAUUGAAUGUCUAGUGCCAUGGGUCAAACUCUUUUGCAUUCUACGAGAUCCCAUUGAUCGGGCCAUUUCCCAAUACGACAUGAAAAUGAGAGUCGUCAAGAAUGCCAAACACAACAAGCAGGACGGUACUAGUACCGUUCUACUCAAUGGUUGGGGAAAUCCAGUGCCGUCCUUGGAUCAGUUUGUACUGAACGACUUGGAGGCUCUCUACGAAGUGGGUGUCUUGCAAGACUGGAACAAGGUGGACUUUGAAUCCUUUUGGGAUUCCGAAGAAUGUCAGCAAGCUUGGCUAAAAUACAUUCAUCUUGGGCUGAAUGCGCCCAUUGGAAUGGGGCUCUAUGCCAUCCAAUUGAAACCAUUUUUGGACGUGUUAGAAAAGAUUCAUCAGUCUCCUGAAAUAGCCAAGGACCACUUUUUGGCCUUGGACAAUCAAGACUUGAGAAAGGAUCCGGAUGGGACUUAUAACCGGGUAUUGAAAUUCAUGAAUCUACAACCCAAAACGCUGGAACAGUACAAAACGACCAUCAAUCAAGCGACGGGGCCCGAUGGCAAGCGUGACGACAUGUAUCGACUAUCCAAGGCUACCGAAGAUCGCAUCAGGAUCGCCAUCAAGCCGUACAACCAAAAGCUAGGGGAAUUAUUGGGAGAAGAAUGGGCGACCAAAUGGCAAUCUAAUAGUGCCUCGCCAUAG